AUGUCCCAACACACCAGUGGUGAGGAGCCUACGUAUGGCCAGAUCUUUCCUAGUAGGUACAUGCUGCAAUCUGCAGCAGAGGGUCGGGAUAUGCCAUCCCGCAAGCCACAACAUGCUAUGAAUAUGGGGCCAAUGCGUGCCCCAGAACCUCUCGCAAUCUAUGGCCCUCCCAAGACAUACCAGGUACAGCAAGAUGGCUCUCUCCACACUGCGGAUGCACUUGAGCGCCACACCCCAGCAAGCAAUUCCCCUGGCUCUAGCAGAGUGCGACCUGCAGCCCAUGAAAGCAGAUAA